AACCUCCCCACCCCAAUAGGAUCCGGUGGAAGAAAAGCCAGGCAAACACAAGCAGGCACACACCACUGAGAGAUCAGAACUUCUAGCUGGCUCUCUGCUGCCACAGCUCCACCAAAGGGCGGGGGGAGACGGAGGGAGCCUUGCCGACUAAACCCAGAGCUGAGAGGAGAGGCAGGUGGUGCAGGGGCGUCACCUGGAUCAUGAGGUCAUCCCUCUGCUGGCUCCUCCCACUUCUCCUCAUCUUGGCCUCAGAGGUCCAAGGCCAGCCAACAAGACGACCAAGACCCAGACCAAGGCUCCAGCCCAGACCCAGACUCAGGCCCACACCCAGCUUUCCUCAGCCCCAUGAGCCAUUGGAGCCUACAGACCUGCCUCCUCCCCUCCCACCAGGCCCUCCAUCUAUCUUUCCUGACUGUCCCCGGGAGUGCUAUUGCCCCCCUGAUUUCCCGUCUGCCCUCUACUGUGACAGCCGCAAUCUUCGAAAGGUCCCUCUCAUCCCAUCCCGCAUCCAUUACCUCUAUCUCCAGAACAACUUCAUAACCGAGCUCCCAGUGGAGUCCUUCAAGAACGCCACGGGCCUGAGGUGGAUCAACCUGGACAACAACCGAAUUCGCAAGGUGGACCAGAAAGUGCUAGAGAAACUACCCAGCCUGGUGUUCCUCUACAUGGAAAAGAACCACCUUGAAGAGGUGCCCUCGGCUCUGCCCCAGAACUUAGAGCAGCUGAGGCUAAGCCAGAACCAUAUCUCCAGAAUCCCACCCGGCGUCUUCAGCAAGCUGGAGAAACUGGUGCUCCUGGAUCUCCAACACAACAGGCUAAGCGACGGCGUCUUCAAGCCCGACACCUUCCAGGGCCUUAAAAACCUCAUGCAGCUCAACCUGGCUCACAACAUCUUGAGAAAGAUGCCACCCAAGAUCCCUGUGGCCAUUCACCAGCUCUACCUGGACAGCAACAAAAUCGAGACCAUCCCCAGCGGAUACUUCAAGGGCUUCCCCAACCUGGCCUUCAUUCGCCUCAACUACAACAAGCUCUCAGACAGGGGCCUCCCCAGGAACUCCUUUAACAUCUCCAACCUCCUCGUGCUCCACCUGUCGCACAACAAGAUCAGCAAUGUGCCUGCCAUCAGCAACAAGCUGGAGCACCUGUACCUCAACAACAACAGCAUCGAGCAAAUCAAUGGGACCCAGAUUUGCCCCAAAGAUCUAGUUGCCUUCCACGACUUCUCCUCGGAUCUGGAGAACGUGCCACACCUCCGCUACCUGCGGCUGGAUGGAAACUACCUGAAGCCGCCCAUCCCGCUGGACCUCAUGAUGUGCUUCCGCCUGCUGCAAUCUGUGAUCAUCUAGGCCUUACUCUGCCCCUGGAGAUCCUCUGGCCACACUUGAAUGCAGUGGCCCAGGUGCCUGUGCCCACCAUUUGUUUUCUCUGUCUCCUUUUCUUGCUCUCAGCUUUGCCUUUCUUAACCCACCCUCCUGAUGCAAGGACAAGCCACGUACUCUGCUGCCCCUGCAGCUUCUAGAGCAAGACUUCCAAAGGCUUGAUUUGGUCCACGCAGCUCAAAGACACCCACUGCACAUCCAUCUGGCCCCAGAAGCACAGAGGUGUGUCUAAAGACUUCAUAUUCUCUUCUCUCCCCUCCUCCCCUCAUCACUCCUGGGUAAGUCUGGGCUAUGAACUGACAUCUGGAUCUUGUCCUGGCCAAAGCAAGCAGAAGAUGGUCAGGGGAAGCCUAGAGGUGAGGUUUGGGAAGUCCUGCUGGAAACUCCUGCAUGGUGGGCAGCUCUGGCCCAAAGAGGCUGAGAAACCCGUGUCUCCCUGGCCGAGGAUCCCAUCUUCCAAAACUGCUGCUCCACCACCCCAUUCACUGGCACCAGACAGUGCACCAGCUCUGUGCCAGCCUGUGUUCUCCGGAAAGGAAGUGCAAGGGAACGGCUGAGGGAGGGCAGAGGGUCAGAGAUUCACACAAGGGCCUGCAUCAGGCUGUCUCUGCAUAGGGAUGAGAUGGGGCCCUCCUUCUCAGCACACAGCCUCCUGGCUGGUCCUCUCUGUUCCAAGAGUAAGAGCAGGGAGGAACAUUCCAGGAGAAGAAUGGCUCAAAAAACUAGGAAUCAGCUGGUGGGAGAGGGGUGGGAGUCAUAGACCCAGGCUGGGCCCCGUGUGGGUGCAGAUGGAUCCUGCUGCCCCCUUGGCCACUCUGGAUAAGAGGCCUGAUGCCCUGGGGAACACGGCAUCCACGGUGGAGUGUACAGAGCCACCAACCCUGCCCCGCCAUCUGUUCUCUAUCAGUGAGGAUGGCCCAGUUCUUUCCACUCCCGGGAAGCAGUUCCUGAGAAACUGCUCAAGAAGGGGUGGAGCACCUGGAAAUCUCCCAGAAGCCUCUUCCACUUAUGCAGAUCGGCCUCCCCUUCUAAGACAGACACAGCAGUGACACCUGGUGGCUGGUCCUGGCCACAUCCGGCUCCCGUGUUCCUGCUCCUCUCUCUGGUGUGAUUUUCCAAGAUCAAGGAGUUGGCCUCAGGUUCCAACUUGGAGAGCCAUGGGCGAUGUGCAUGGUCUCUCUCUCCUCUGGGGUCUAAAGGGCACAAAGGUACAGAGGCCCCAGGGUGGGGGAUCUGAUUCCCAUCAUGAGUGAACACAAGUGAGAACCUUCAGGAAGCCAGUUGAGGAUACAGUUUGUUCCGAUCUGCUCUCUUACCUUAUGGGUCCCCUCUGCUCUCAGCUUUCAUGUGGUACACCAAGGAGGUGGAUAAGAUCCCCCUCCAAGGACCCUCUGGCGCUCAUGUUCCUGUAUGCAGCUCUAUCCUUUAGACCGUGUUCUAAUGCAGGACGAGUCCUAAAUAUUAUCCCUUUCCCUUGCAAUAAUUUAUUCCCUGUAUGGACUCUCCUUCCCCCAGAGUUCCCACCCCACCCUGUCUGGCCCAGGUGAGCAGUGUGUCAGGCCUCUAAGGGAAGCCUGGGUUCCACAGGGCUGACUCAACUUCAUCUUCCCCUUAACUCCCUCUAGGGGAUGCUGCCCCUCUACAGCCUCUGAGUGUAUGUUGGUGGGGGUGGGGGCGUAUGUCCUAGAAAUGAUUAGGAUACAGUGCCCACUCCCAAGUUAGGUUGAAAAAAGUUCCAGAGAUGUUUAAGAAAUUGGAUUAAGCUAGGUCCCUAACUUCAAGAAAUUCCCAUUAUACUCAUUUUUCCCUUUUGCUAAUGUACAGAAUAUGGGCCCAUUUCAUUACAGCCUCCAUCCCCCAUGCUUGCAUACAACUGCUUCAUUCUUCGAGGCUGCAGCUGGUUUCUCCAAGACUUCUGCUUAGAGUCAAGAUAUUAUUGUGUCUGUAAGCAACCUGUUGCUAUGGCCUGGAUAAGCCCCUUCUGCACCUUAUCCCCACCUUGCGCCCUCAGCCCCUCUGAUGAGGCCCUCAGGGGAGCCCAGCUCCUGGGGCUCCCCGGGGAGGAGGGGUCAUUCCCCAGCUCCUGCCAAGCUGAAGUGUUUUGAUUCAGCAGCAACAAAAUCACCACCAUCCUAUUGCCGCAUCUAGCAUAUUUCUGCUUUCUCCAUUGCUCCCUGUAUCUGUAAACCAGAGGAAAUUAAAUUGGCUUUACAGCACCACCCUCCCACAUACAAUGUGCUGUUUUCCCUUGGGCUUAAGGAAGCCCCCUCCUCCAUAUACAAGUUAAUUCUCUCAGUGCUGCUGACAUAUGCACAUACAGGUGUGUAGGAAGGUGUGUAUGUAUGUGUACUCUGUACAUAUAUCUGUUCUUUCUUGAAGACCGUAUUAACUUUGUGCAACAACUUUGACAUUCCAGCACGCUUCACAGCAGAGAAAAUAAAGUUAUAUGAAAAAUA